GCUGGGUUCUGAAAUUUUAUGAUUAAGCUAUGGUGCCAAAAUAUUAAUGAAAGAAGUUAUUUCCUGGCUUCUGUCUGUGCCUGUGAAUCAGAUGGUAACUGUUGCUCUGCCUUUGGUUUUGUGGUUUGUUGAAUUUGUUUAGGUGAUGUAAAAGAUGACGCUGUGCUGGGCGUUUUCCUCUGUUCUAGUGACUGUUUUGUUGUAUACAGGUCUUCUCCAAGGAAACUUUCUCCAUAGUCACCUCGUCAUCUGCUUGGGAAUCGGUCUCCUUUCUGUACUGAUCCUUAAAUAGUCUUGUUUAAGCUGUUGUUGGUGUGAUUAUUUUUUUUUACAUGUAUUUAAAACGUGUGUCCAGAGCUUUGGAAGUAACUCGGCUCAGUCUUUUGCCGUCACUACACUUGCCCUUAGGUUGGUCUCCACCCACUCUGGGAGUGGUGAGUGCUCACCCUCUCAUUGGUCCCCUCUGGCCGCAGCGCGUGAGUAAAUGCCACCUGCAUGUGCUGUUGCCUCUCAGACAGUGGAGUGCUCGGCUUCCUUCUCACAUACAACAGCUUAACCUUUGUGCUUCUGGCGGAGGGAUGGUGCUCGGGACAGUUCUGCUUCCACCGAAUCCUUACGGCAGAGAGCAGGAUGCAGCACCGUGCUGCCUGUGCAGCGGAGCCUCGGAAGCGGGGCUCCCCGGCGGAGCAGAUCACUUUGCCAGCUGUGUGGAGGAUGGAUUUGAGGGAGACAAGACUGGAGGCAGUAGUCCAGAAGCUUUGCAUCGCCCCUAUGGUUGUGAUGUUGAACCCCAGGCACUGAACGAAGCCAUCAGGUGGAGCUCGAAGGAGAACUUGCUCGGAGCCACUGAGAGUGACCCUAAUCUCUUUGUUGCACUUUAUGAUUUUGUAGCAAGUGGUGAUAACACACUCAGCAUCACCAAAGGUGAAAAGUUACGAGUCCUCGGUUACAACCAGAAUGGCGAGUGGAGUGAAGUCCGUUCUAAGAAUGGACAGGGUUGGGUACCAAGCAACUACAUCACUCCUGUGAACAGCUUGGAGAAGCAUUCCUGGUACCAUGGCCCGGUGUCCCGCAGCGCGGCCGAGUACCUGCUCAGCAGUCUCAUCAACGGCAGCUUCCUGGUGCGAGAAAGCGAGAGCAGCCCUGGGCAGCUAUCCAUCUCGCUCAGGUACGAGGGCCGUGUGUAUCACUACAGGAUCAAUACCAGCACAGACGGCAAGGUGUACGUGACCGCUGAGAGUCGCUUUAGCACCCUGGCCGAGCUUGUUCACCAUCACUCCACAGUGGCUGACGGGCUGGUGACAACCCUGCACUACCCUGCACCCAAGUGUAAUAAGCCCACGGUCUAUGGGGUGUCCCCCAUCCAUGACAAAUGGGAAAUGGAACGGACAGAUAUCACCAUGAAGCACAAGCUUGGGGGCGGUCAGUACGGAGAGGUUUACGUCGGCGUGUGGAAGAGAUACAGCCUUACAGUUGCCGUGAAAACGCUCAAGGAAGAUACCAUGGAAGUGGAGGAGUUCCUAAAAGAAGCUGCAGUUAUGAAGGAAAUCAAGCAUCCGAAUCUGGUACAGCUGUUAGGUGUGUGUACUUUGGAACCCCCCUUUUACAUUGUGACUGAAUACAUGCCGUAUGGGAAUUUGCUUGAUUAUCUCCGAGAAUGCAACCGCGAGGAGGUGACUGCAGUCGUCCUGCUUUACAUGGCCACUCAGAUCUCGUCUGCCAUGGAGUAUCUAGAGAAGAAGAACUUCAUCCACAGAGAUCUUGCAGCUCGCAACUGCCUAGUGGGAGAAAACCACGUGGUGAAAGUGGCUGACUUUGGCUUAAGCAGACUGAUGACAGGAGACACCUAUACUGCUCAUGCGGGGGCCAAAUUCCCCAUUAAGUGGACGGCACCGGAGAGUCUUGCCUACAAUACCUUCUCCAUUAAGUCUGACGUGUGGGCUUUUGGAGUACUGUUAUGGGAAAUUGCUACAUACGGGAUGUCACCCUAUCCGGGUAUUGACCUGUCGCAAGUCUAUGAUCUGCUGGAGAAAGGGUAUCGGAUGGAACAACCAGAGGGAUGCCCGCCCAAAGUGUAUGAACUAAUGAGAGCGUGCUGGAAAUGGAGCCCUGCGGACAGGCCUUCUUUUGCCGAAACACAUCAAGCUUUUGAAACCAUGUUCCAUGACUCGAGCAUCUCUGAAGAGGUAGCUGAGGAGCUUGGGCGAGCUGCCUCCUCGUCAUCGGUGGUUCCUUACCUGCCCCGCUUGCCCAUCCUUCCUUCCAAGACGCGGACGCUGAAGAAACAGUUGGAGAACAAGGAGAAUAUCGAAGGGCUACCAGAUGCCACCGAGAAUCCUGCUUGCAACUCGGCCCCAGGGUUCAUUCGAAGUGCACAGGCAUCCAGCGGGUCCCCGGCACUGCCUCGAAAGCACAGAGACAAGUCACCCAGCAGCCUCUUGGAAGAUGCCAAAGAGACGUGUUUCACUCGGGACAGGAAGGGGGGGUUCUUCAGCUCCUUCAUGAGGAAGAGAAGUGCCCCGACACCCCCAAAACGCAGCAGCUCCUUCCGAGAAAUGGAGAAUCAGCCCCAAAAGAAAUACGAACUCGCGGGUAACUUCUCAUCUGUUGCUUCCCCACAGCAUGCUGAUGGGUUGUCUUUCGCUCCUGCCCAGCAAGAGGCAAGCCUGGUGCCACCCAAGUGCUACGGGGGGAGCUUUGCACAGAGGAACCUCUGUAAUGAUGACAGUGCGGGCAGUGGCACUGCUGGGGGCGGGUGGUCUGGCAUCACGGGCUUCUUUACGCCACGUUUAAUCAAAAAGACACUGGGCUUACGAGCAGGUAAACCCACAGCCAGUGAUGACACUUCCAAGCCUUUUCCAAGGUCAAACUCUACAUCUUCCAUGUCUUCAGGGCUUCCAGAGCAGGAUAGGAUGGCAAUGACCCUUCCCAGGAACUGCCAGAGGACCAGACUCCAGCUGGAAAGGACAGUGUCUACCUCUUCCCAGCCAGAAGAGAAUGUGGGCAGGGCCAGUGACAUGCUCCCCAAAAAGUCAGAGGAAGGGCCUGCAGCGCCCAGGGAGAGACCAAAAGCCAAGCUCCUGCCCCGGGGAGCCACAGCGCUUCCUCUCCGGGCCCCCUCGGGCGACCCAGCCAUUGCCGAGAAGGACUCUGCGGGGCUGGGGGCAGCUGGAGUGGCAGCCGCUCCCAAGGGCAAGGAGAGGAAUGGUGGGGCCCGCCUUGGGAUGGCUGGAGUCCCAGAUGACGGAGAGCAGCCGGGCUGGUCUUCCCCAGCCAAGGUGGCAUCAGUCUUCCCAACCACUCACAACCACAAAGUGCCAGUCCUUAUCUCUCCCACUCUGAAACACACUCCGGCUGACGUGCAGCUCAUCGGCACGGACUCUCAGGGGAACAAGUUCAAGCUCUUAUCCGAGCAUCAGGUCACGUCCUCUGGGGACAAGGACCGGCCCCGACGGGUAAAACCAAAGUGUGCCCCGCCCCCUCCACCAGUGAUGAGACUACUGCAGCAUCCGUCCCCAGGCUCAGAUCCUGCGGAAGAGCCGUCCGCCCCAAGCGCAGGUCAGCCCACACCAGAAACCCAGGAAGGAGGAAAAAAGGCAGCUCCAGGGCCGGUGCCCAUCAGUGGGAAAGUUGGGAGGCCAGCUGUGCCUCCACCUCAAGUGCCUCCACCCACGUCUUCCAUCUCACCAGCCACUCUGGCUAAUGGCACAGCAGGUACGAAAGUGGCUCUGAGGAAAACCAAGCAGGCGGCUGAGAAGAUCUCAGCAGACAAAAUCAGCAAAGAGGCCCUGCUGGAGUGUGCUGACCUACUGUCCAGUGCGAUCACAGAGCCUGUGCCCAACAGCCAGCUGGUGGACACUGGGCACCAGCUGCUCGACUACUGCUCAGGCUACGUGGACUGCAUCCCUCAAACCCGCAACAAGUUUGCCUUCCGAGAGGCCGUGAGCAAACUGGAACUGAGCCUGCAGGAGCUGCAGGUGUCUUCAGCAGCUGCUGGCGUGGCCGGGGCAAACCCCGUCCUUAAUAACUUGUUGUCGUGUGUGCAGGAGAUCAGCGAUGUGGUGCAGAGGUAGCCACUGCCAGCCUGCUGGGCGAGUGCACACAUUUCUGCGGGGAGAGGGAAAGGGACUUGUUUUCCUGUGUUCUUGUUUCCAAGAUACGAAAGACUGAUGCUUGAGUGUGCUCAUGUGAAGUCCCUCAGCUCCCCGAGCUCUCACGUUUACAGGUUCAUCUCACUAGUCACGCCAGGCAAACCACCCAAGUGUAGGAGAGGUGGAUGAGAUGGGGGCAAGGCAGUGGUGGAAGGAGUCAGCUGUGGCACGUGUGUGUCCUACGGAAGGGAAGGGAGAAAAGGCCACCGGCUCUCUGGAGGUGGGAGGCGCUGGCCAGCGCUGCUCUCCACAGGGCGGCAGGGCCGGGCCGGGCCAGGCCAGAAGACUGGC